UAUCGGUUAACAAUCGGAAUCAUGCAAAUAGAAGCCUUUCUAGAUCUGCUAUUGUCGUUAAUUCAGGGGGCUAGCUCAUCUCAAGGUAACGUACAGAGUCCCGCCACUAUAUUGCUCACUCAGAGAAAAUAGGUUUGCUUGAUCAUUUUAAAUUCUUAUUCUAUCUAUAUAGAAAAAAACACCUUUCAAACUGCACUGCAUGACAGACAGUCUGUUUACUGAGUGCAACUUGACUAUGAAAAAUCUGGCGAUUACUUUCAAUUUUAGAAUCGCAUUAAUUAAUUAAUUUAUUUUUUUCAUUCACAAUUAUUCUUCGCUCUUUCCCUAUUAAUGGUCCUUCUGACAUAUUUAAAGUAAAUAUUCUCAGACUUUCUCACUGUACGUUCGUCAUGCAUGCAUAUUUUCUCGGGUAAUUUGUUCUUUUGCGCUCUCCGUCAACAUGCAGCUGAACAUGCACAGUUUUAGCUGGUUUUGAAUACUGAAAUACGCUCAUGCUCUUAAAAAGCUAAAAACAGUCAAAAAAUGUCAAAAAACAAAGUCUUUGAUUUGUUCGUUCUACUUUUAUAGUUUCUUUAUCCAUUCAAUUCUUUCUUCUCUGACGUCUUAUUUGAUCCUCAACCAUAUUACGAUUUUUAUUUCAUUUAUUUGUAAACUGUAACCUUUCCUUACUGUUAGCCUUCUAAUUUAUUUUUUGCACGCACUGUGCCGCAUCGAAUAGCCUUGUUAGCUGCGGGCAGUGCUUCUGUUACUGAUAUAAUCUGCUUAUUAAUAAUGUUUUGUUGAUGUUGGUUUUGCCUGAUUACUUGAAACAGGUUGUGCUAUCAGCUACGCCAAAAUCGGUUGCUUCAAAGAUGACAGAACUAACCCUCGACCAGUACCUGUCCUCGUUUUUACCGAUCGUGAUAACAGUAGUAAUGUGUGGAGUGGUAAGAUCAUCGACUGGAACAACUGGGAUACAUACAUAGUAGAUUUGGUUUGCAGAUGUGCAAAUGAGUCAAGGGCAAGGAAUUAUUCCCACUUCAGCAUUCAGUAUUACGGUAACUGUCAAGUGAAUAUAGUAUUCUUUAUAAUUUUUAAAAUGAAAUUGUUUUCUGUUUUGUCAUUUUACUCAUUUCCUUAUAAGAGGCUAGAACAUAUACCGAGAUAUGCAGUCCUCAAAGUGUACUACAUACAUCGAUAUUUCGAAUUGACCAUAAUGCACUUUGUCUGCCGUUUUGACGUCUCGUUGUGGCCGAAAUUGUUAUAAGGCCCCAUUUAAUUUAUAGUAAUACAGCUUCAAUCCCUUCUCCAUCCUAUCCUUACCAAUAGAGACCUUUAGAUUCUAAGACGAGAGCGACUAUGAGUUAGAGAUUUAUUUUCUGAAUACUACGGUAGCUCUCGCGCAAGUACCGGCGUCACUUUGCAGCACCUCACUGAACUGCUCACACAAUUGGCUAUGAAAACAAUAGAAACGGUGACAUAACAAUACCCCUUUCCUUGAAAACAAAAGGCAAUAUUGUUUUAGUCGACCGCUGAAAGAAGAGGUUCAUGUGAGGUACUUGAGUACUGUCACUUUGGCAGAAAAACGUGAUAGCCAUUGUCUAGUACGAGUUUUAACGAGAAUCAUCGUAGUGGUGGAACCAAGUUAUCAAAUGAAUGUGUUAUUUAGAGAUUUUAUCGUUUUGUGAUUGGGAGAGGGUUCAACCUCCUUAAAGAUAAUAGUGCCAACUUUUCUGGUGAAGAAAAAAAAGGACAAUGGAGCUUUCCGGGGUGUCUAUUUUUUUAUGAUAUGCGAAAAAACUUUCAGUGAAAUCUCGCACUCGUAAUCCUUCUCGUCCGUGAAUCGUAAGGUCUCUAAUGUUGGAAUUCCGAGCAAGAUGGGUCCAAAUAAGUUAUUUCAUUGGCGCAACGUUGCUGGGGAUAACUGAGGGGAUUAAAAGAUGAACCCGCAGCCGAUGUAAAAGAUCGUCUAGCUUUACGAUUCCUUUUAAUAAUUGCUUGCAAAAGUUUUCCAGGUUUUAGUGUCCCUUUUUACUGCCAAUGUAAGCCGAAACUAAUCCACGUUCCAUUGAAUCGCCCCAUUGUAAGAAAUAUGUAAUUCAAGAGAGUCUUGGAUUCUGGAUUCUACGCUGUGGAUUUCGGAUUGCUGGUUAACUGGACUCCGGAGUCGUUACCAGUAGAACUUGGAUUCCCUAUUAUUGACUAUCAAAUUGAUUAUUAAGUAAUGCCGUUGUGCAUUUCUUCUUAAAGGUGAGUGUUGGUCUGGACCAGACGCUGCCAAAACCUAUGAUAGAGCUGGCCCGUCUGAAAGCUGUCUUACGAAAGGUGUCAUGCAAAAAUGUAAUGUCAGCGAUGAUGUAGAGUGUGUUGGUGAAGCAAACACUAAUUUCGUGUAUGGAAUUAGUUACAAAGGUGACUGUCUCUCUUACGUUUUUGCUACUCAAGAAGAUAGCCAAUUCCCACAUAGCAUUUUAUGCUUGCUUAUAUUUACCCUUUUAUAUAUACUUCAUGUAUGUUUACGCUUGUACUUGCGUAUAAGGACCGGGUUUUAAGCUGUGAAAGAUCCUCCAUAGGGCAAUUCCCUAGAUACCUUUCUGAUUUUUUCUUUUUAUUAAGUAACAGCCAGAUAACGAAAGUUCAGCGAGAUUCAUUUCGGUGAAACAUAUUGAUCAGAUUGAUAGACCUUUACCAAAAUAUCCGUUUGAAUCCCGGUAAAUUUCUCUCAGUGAUACGUAUAAAUGGCACUCUAUCCAAAUAUGAUGCAAUCCGUUUCUCCUGAUCUAAUGCUUAUUCACACCAAAGCUUAAACACGUUUCUGUUUAGUUAAACACAGUGUAAAUUUGUCUCCAUCAAAGCGGCCGUAUGAUUGUUGUCAACUAGAAAUUUGGCACAAACAAUUAAGCAUAAGUAAAAAUUUGCUUGAACUCUAUGUAAAAGUCAGUCGUUUAGUUUUCUUCCACUAAUUUUUUUAUCUUGUUUAACCUGCUUUAACAAAGCAAGGUUAGGAUACAUAGAAAAUAUACCAGGCAAGUGUAUUACAGUCAAAACUCUUUAAUACAGACACCAAAGGGACAGAACCAAGUGUUCGCUUUACAGAGGUCUCCGUAUUAUAGAGGUAGGGAAUGUAUGAUUUUUGGCUUUUCUGGGACCAAAAGAACUGUCCGUAAUAAGAGGUGUCCGUAUUAUAGAGGUGUCCGUAUUAUAAAGGUGUCCGUAAGGAGAGGUUACACUGUAUUGACGUUUCAUUCCCUACACUUGUCGCACUUUGUAUUUAUUACAAAAAUUAUCUCACGUUUACUUAAUUACGUUCCCUUAAAUGAAAUGGGAAUUGAACUUCAAAAAAAAUUAAAAAAAUAUUGAACAUACCGAAGAUCUGUAUCUUUUCCUUGAGCUCACGCAGCGUGCCUGUUUUUUAGUCAUAGGGUGAAAAGAAAACGGCGUGUCAUGAGCCCCUGGUGCGCUUUAUCAAUAACGUUCUGUAAAAUAUUUCUCAGGGCCGACCACGAUCCCACCCACACCAUUGACGUCAACAACUCUGAGGCUAUCAUCACCCACAGUAUCUCCAACUCCACCAGGUGGUUAUCUAAUACUCAGUUGCUGAUAUAAUACUGGCCAUGAUAGGCCCAAUAGUAACCUACAUUGUACAAAUGCGGAGUUAGCAGUUCCUGAUAGCUGGUGUUCACAAGUGCCCUGACUAUUCAAAACUGUCUUACAGGUUUAAUUAUUUCUUUCCUAACUAACCUACCGUUGCGCAUUACUUUCUUUUAAAUUUUAACUCCAAACUUUAUAUAAAUACGAACCUCUAGAUCCAAUUGGCUUCUUUGAAGAGAUUGAGGGGGUACGGAUCCCUCGGCCCCAUCCCUGACUUUCUCCUGGACCCAACGCUGUUGUGGCCUAACAAAAAUUGUUUAAAGUAGACGUAUUCAAUAAGGUAGUUUCUUGGUGCUGAGGACGGGUGCGACUACCAAAUGAAGUAAUACAACAAUACUCCCAUCAAAACACAAAAGCGACCCCACAAUAGUUUCACCCAAAACACCCAAAUAAUUGGUGUAAAUAAUUGGUGUAAUUGGUGUAAUUGGUGUAAAUUUACUUGCAGUUUCCACACCAUUUCCUACAGCAUCAGUUUCAACUCACGGUGGUGAUGACGAUGAUGAUGAUGAUGAUGACGAUGAUGAUGGUGAUGACAAUGAAAAUGAUAAUGAUGACGACGGUGACAACGAAAACGACGAUGACGACGACGACGACGACGAUGACGGUGGUGGUGAUAAU